AUGGAAUCUUUGCAAUCAAAACUUUCAGUUAGUGCAAUGACAGCUAAUCUUCGCAUAUUUACAGAGCCUCGUGGUUUAAUUCGUCUUCUUCAAUUUAUAUUCGCAAUAUUUGCAUUUGCUACAGCAUGCAGUGGUAGUUCUUCAGUAUUGCUCAGCAACUCGAGAAACAAUUCAAUAUCUGCAUCUUGGUCUUAUCCUUAUAAUUUAAAAAAUACACAAAUAAUAUCUGACAACAAACCUGAAAAACCAAUAUCUAGUGCAAAUGAUAUAAAACCAUCAGCUGAAUUUUUUGUAUUUACAGGUGUUACAUCAAUGUUAUUAUCACUUGGAUUUGCUAUUGUUUAUGUACUUAUGGAUCAGCGAUAUCGUAAUGAUGAACGUUUACCUUUGAUUGAUUUUAUUGUAAUAUUAAUCUGGUCUAUCUUUUGGAUUGCUGGAAGUGCAGCAUGGGCCAAAGGUGUAUCAAAUAUUCGUACGCAAACUAGUUGGGAAAGUAUAGCUAAACGUUCGGAUUUUUGUUCAGAGGCGCUAUCAUGCAAAGAAGUUUAUUCUGGUACUUAUGGAAGUAUAAUCGUAUCUGUUAUAUUUGGUUUUUUAAAUUUUAUACUUUGGGCUGGUAGUGCUUGGUUUGUUUAUAAAGAAACAAGACUUUUUAAGAGUGGUACAGCACAACAACAGCAACAACAAGAAUCAUCAGAACAACCUAGUAAUUUUUCUAAUUUUGGUGCACCGACUAUACAACAACAAUCAGGAAUUCGAUCACCAAAUUCAAUGGGUUAA